AUGCACUCUACCAACAAUCCCGCGGGUCCAGUUCUCUCCACCUUCGCCGUUGAAACCCGCAUUACCAGGAUCAUCCCGACUACAACAAUCUCUUCUCGGCGCGAGCAGUCACACAUGAGGAAAAGCGGCCGUGACACCGGCAAGCAAACCGGCCUAUACGACACUGAUAAGAUUCACCAGAGGGUGCAAAGAUGGCAGGCUGACAGUGCUGAAGCCGCCAUCACAGAAGAGGAUGGGAACGUGGUAACUGUCGAGUACGAGGACGAUGCAGACAAUACGAGACAAGCCAAAAGACCAAGCAGGAGCUCCCACGACAAGUUUCAGCCUGAUGCAGGCAGGGGCAGCCGGCAGUCGUCUCCAACUAAAUCGCCUAAGACUCCUCGAGAACUUGAUGGAGACCGACAAGCAUGGAUCCGUAAGAGAAGCACUUCCCGGAACAACUUGAACUCCGACGUCAAACAUGCAGGGGCUCCCUUGAAGCGUGUAGUCAGUGAUGCUCACUGGCGCAAAGACCGUUCGCCUACUAAGACGCCUGAAGAUGUGUCCAAGCAAGAUCCAAAACGAUACGCGAUCAAGAGAACUACUAUACACAGAAACGAAGACUUGAAGGACGACGGUGGCAUCAGGGUCAGGCCGAUGACAGAAGACGACGGCAUUCGAGUAAGGCCAAUGGAGGAGGAUUCUCCAAGGGAGCACCUGCAUCGUACGCCUAAGGGUGAUAGUGAUCGACCGGGCAGCUCUGGUUCGUCAAAGCAGCGGACUUCAGUACAUCGACACGGCUCGCCUACGGCAGAGGAGCGCAUCAGAGACAAGAACAGGAGGAGCGCUGGCGAAGUAAGCCGCGAUAAUUCAGAUCGUAGACGUAGAUUACGUCGCCGUCACGAUUCACCCGCAGCUUCCGAGGCAGAUACAGAGGUCAGAUCGAUCGCACAGACGCUUGACCCGGACGACAGUAUCAGUGCUAGAAAUGCUCACACCCGGAAGUCAAGAGGAGCUCCAUCGACUGCGCAGGAAAGGAAGAAGGACACGGCGGCUGGCACCUUUAGAGCAACGGGGACUGACGAGAUUNGCCCUUCUAAUGUACCACCUACCGCAGUCCCGGCCUACGGAAGUCGAAUCGAAGCAUGGCUUGGGGGGACCCCCGAUCCUUUCGUUGCCGACCAAGCUCUGCAACAGAGAGACGGGCACGAAGAAGGUCCAGCAUCUAAAGGUCGAUCUAAGCAACUAAAAAAGGUGAAUGGGCUAGGGAUACAGACUGACUCUGCCGUGGACGCUUUCAAUGACCAUGGAAAGCACACUGGCCACGUUCCAUCACGAUCUUCUCCUAGUGAGCCAAAUUCGCAAUCGAGAGAGGUGCUCGGUACCAUUCCCGAGUCUACACCUCCAAGUUUCGAAGACGGCAACUCUUCGUACGCUACGUCGUCUUUACCAUCUGACAUCCAGCUUCCCGACAUUCAGACCAGCAAACAUGCGCCAGGAGCAAAUCUUCGAAGGCGAUUUCCCACGACAGGAAAAAGACUGUCAACCAUCGCUUCGGCAGAAACUCUGCAAGAACCUGCGGCCCAGUCUGAAUUUUCUGAACAAGAAACUAUCGUCCCCGAUCGUACAGAAUCCCUGAGAAGCGCAAACGGGCUCAGGCGGAGAUUGACCCGUCACGAGGAUCUGAUGUCUGUGCUAUCACUACCUAUGGCCGAUGCCAAGAGCAUUGUCUCAGCACGUAGUAUACGGACUAAUCGAACGAGGCUUGAAAAAGCGACCCUCCAGGAUCUCUGGACCGAGUUUACCGCGGACGAAGUCAAAUAUCAGCGAGAACUUCGCACCUUGGUGGACGGGGUUAUACCAGUGCUACUAUCGUGUGUACUUUCCAAGUCAGACUCAGCAAUCGCUGCUGGUCUGUUCGGACGCUCCACCGCAGAUGAUACGGCUAUCACCAAACCUAUCGUCGACAUGGGCGUUGCUCUAGAGCGCCUGAAGGCACACCAUCGCCGAGUUCCUAAGAGUGACAAUAAAGCGCUACUAUCAUGGGCUUCAGGAGCUAUCCGAAUCUACCAUGAUUACCUGAAGGCCUGGAGGAUGGGAUUCCAGGAUGUCGUGGUCAAUCUUGCACCUGCAGAUACUGAUACCAGCACAAGAUGGGAUGAUGGGUUGUUGAGAAAUGAGGAUGGCGACUUGAUUAAUGGUGACGGCGAGAGAGUUGAUGUUGCUUUCUUGUUGAAAAGACCACUGGUGCGCCUAAAAUAUCUCGCCAAGACUUUCAAGGUACGUACAGACAUUACUCCAGAUCUUUUGGAUAUUCAAGACUGUGGUGCUGAUAAAACAGNNGGCAUCCAUUUCUUGACACCAUCAGCUUCGGCGAGUUCUCUGGCCGAGAAGUAUCAGGAGUUAGUCACUGAGGCCCGCAAAAGAUCCAAUGAAGAACGAGCUCGUUUGGAGGACGAAGCGGCUGCCGCUAUUGAUCCAACUCGUGUCAGGGAUCCUCGAAGCCUCGCUUUGCUCAAAGGAGUCAGCAUCGAUGCCACACGAUGUGUUCAUGCCCGGGACUACUUCGACAUGAACGUUAUCCACUCCAGUGGCCAACAGUUGGAUUGUAGGAUUGAGCUCGUGAUUCGUGACGAUGGCCCUGGUCGAGGGAACGGUGGCGAUAUUCUCAUCUGCGAAGUGUCUGAUACAGGUCGCUGGCUCUUGUUUCCGCCUCUCAAUAAGGACUCUGUUUCCGCAAGAGCUGGCAACAAUCCAGGAGAUGUAGUCAUGAUGCUACGGGGUCGGUAUGCUAACAAGAAAGAGUGGCACGAGCUCUUGUCAUUGCGCGCCAGCGACGAGUCUACUGGACCUGAAUGGGUGGAGUUGCUCGGACUCAGUCCUGUUCCUCCAUCUUUGGCAAGGCGAUCUAGCUUCCUCACCAAGUCUCAAACUCCAUCCCGUCCUCGCUCUCCACAGGCCACAUCGCCUGCUGUCAGCCCCACUUACCGGGGAGCUCAAUGGAACAAAGAGAUCGAAAUACCAAUUGGAGAGAGACCUAGCUCGUCUAGGAGCUGGAUCUCGGACCGCAGCGGGCAAGAGAAGCUCGUAGCCGCUCCUGAAAAUGGCAUAUCAUCCNAGCCUCUUUAUACCGGAUAG